CGGAAACCCCGUACUGCCUGUGAAGGGACCCAAGAUGGCUGAAAACUCAAGGGGGGCACUUGGCAAUUAUCUGAGCAAGACGUCUGAAAUGAAUGGGAAAUAACAGUAUAAUGUAAAGCGCUAUCUUGGAUUAAUUAUUAUUCUACACUUUGUUAGUCUGCACAAUUUUGGGGGAUGUCUGAGUAUUAGAAAUGAGAGAGAGGUCUCUCCGCGGCCCCGAGCCAGAACAUGGCGGAAUACUUGGGGAAGAGACACCAGCUAAUGCUAGUUAGCUGGCGUAAUAUUUAAAGAAGAGCGGAGACGCUGUUUUUGAUUUAAGCAGUGCUUGUUGUUCACGAGUAAAAAAUAAUGUUAUCGGUGUUGAACAGCGGUGAGUUUGCUUUAGACUGUAGCUCUAUAGUGAAUAUGUAGAGCGUAGGCAGCGAGCGUACUAGUUAGCUAACGUUACCUGCAAGCGUACAAACUGUACUGAGAAGAAACCAGUGCCGUUUUGUUGAGCUGGAUUUACUUUGAAUGUGUCUGUCUCAGCUGUAGGCGUACAGUUUGUUAUGUCUUUCCAUUGUUUUUUGUAGAAAACAGACAAAGACGUCAGUUGUCCUUCGUUCAGUUCAUUAUACUGUCGUUACCUUGCCACAAUGGUUUCUGUGCUGUUUCUGCCAGGCGCACUGCCUGUAUCCCUGGUGAGAUAAGUUUCCACUCGGCUUGGCAAAACUUAAAAAACAAAACAAAACUUGUACAUGCACAAUCCUUCAGAGAAGGCUACGAAAACCCUCCUUAUCUUUGACGAUUUUCAAAGUAAAGAUCAAGCCCUUUUAAAUAAGACUUUUAACACUUCAGAAGUGGACAGGUGUUAGGGGUAAAACUGCAGUUGUGUUACUAGGUGAGGAAGCCCCCCUGUGAGACCCAAAGAAGUUCGGAGAAGGGAACACUGGUUACAAUAAUCUGUCAAGAUGACGGACACUCGUAGGAGAGUCAAAGUCUAUACCCUCAACGAGGACAGACAGUGGGACGACCGUGGGACCGGGCAUGUCUCCUCAUGCUAUGUGGAGCGUUUAAAAGGCACUUCUCUCCUGGUUCGAGCAGAGAGUGAUGGCUCACUACUAUUGGAGUCCAAAAUCAACCCAAAUACAGCGUACCAGAAACAGCAGGACACAUUGAUAGUAUGGUCAGAAGCUGAGAACUAUGAUCUAGCACUCAGCUUUCAGGAGAAGGCUGGCUGUGAUGAAAUCUGGGAGAAAAUAUGUCAGGUGCAAGGAAAGGACCCCUCAGUGGACAUCACGCAAGAAGUCGUGGACGAGUCUGAGGAGGAGCGCUUCGAUGACAUGUCUUCCCCAGGUUUGGAGCUGCCGCCGUGUGAACUAAACCGCCUGGAGGACCUCGCUGAGCUGGUGGCCUCCUCGCUCCCGUCGCCGCUGCGGCGCGAGAAACUGGCUUUGGCAGUGGAGAACGAAGGCUACAUUCGCAAGCUUCUGGAACUGUUUCGUGUGUGUGAGGACUUGGAGAACCGAGAAGGACUGCACCAACUUUACGAAAUAAUUAAAGGCAUCUUCCUGCUAAAUCGCACCGCACUCUUCGAGGUGAUGUUUUCUGACGAGUGCAUCAUGGACGUCAUCGGCUGCCUGGAAUUCGACCCAGCGCUGCCGCAGCCACGGCGGCAUCGAGAGUUUCUGACUAAGACGGCGCGGUUUAAGGAGGUGAUCCCCAUCUCCGAUCCUGAACUGCGUCAGAAAAUACACCAGACAUAUCGCGUGCAGUACAUUCAGGACAUGGUGCUGCCCACGCCCUCUGUAUUUGAGGAAAACAUGCUGUCCACCCUGCACUCCUUCAUCUUCUUCAAUAAGGUGGAGAUCGUGGGCAUGCUACAGGAUGAUGAGAAGUUCCUGACAGACCUCUUUGCACAGCUAACAGAUGAGGCUACAGAUGAUGACAAAAGACAAGAACUGGUAAACUUUUUAAAGGAGUUCUGUGCGUUUUCACAAACAUUACAACCUCAAAACAGAGACGCUUUUUUCAAGACUUUGUCAAACAUGGGCAUUUUACCUGCACUAGAGGUUAUACUGGGAAUGGAUGAUGUUCAGGUUCGUGGGGCAGCCACAGAUAUUUUCUCUUAUCUAGUGGAGUAUAACCCCUCCAUGGUACGAGAGUUUGUCAUGCAGGAGUCUCAGCAAAAUGAUGACGAUAUUCUUCUCAUCAACCUGAUCAUAGAACACAUGAUCUGUGAUACCGACCCAGAACUUGGCGGCGCUGUCCAGUUAAUGGGUUUGCUGCGGACUUUAUUGGAUCCAGAGAACAUGCUGGCAACCGCAAAUAAAACAGAAAAGACAGAAUUCCUGAGCUUUUUCUACAAGCAUUGUAUGCAUGUCCUCUCUGCUCCACUAUUAGCCAACACAACAGAAGAAAAACCAAGCAAAGAUGAUUUUCAAACAGCCCAGUUGCUUGCCUUGAUUUUGGAGCUGCUAACGUUUUGUGUUGAGCAUCACACGUAUCACAUCAAGAACUACAUCAUCAACAAAGAUAUCCUAAGGAGGGUACUGGUUCUCACUGCCUCUCAACACGCCUUUUUGGCACUAUGUGCCCUGCGCUUCAUGAGGAGGAUUGUAGGCCUGAAGGAUGAGUUCUACAAUCGGUACAUCAUGAGAAACUUCCUGUUUGAGCCCGUCGUUAAAGCCUUCCGCAACAACGGAUCGCGCUACAACCUAUUAAACUCAGCUAUGAUUGAGAUGUUUGAAUAUGUCCGUGUGGAGGACAUAAAGUCUCUGACAGCUCACAUUGUGGAGAACUACUGGAAGUCUCUGGAGGAUGUAGACUACGUCCAGACAUUCAAAGGCCUAAAGCUGCGAUACGAACAGCAACGAGAGAGACAAGACAACCCCAAACUGGAUAGCAUGCGCUCCAUCCUGCGGAACCACCGCUUCCGUCGCGACGCACGGACGUUAGAGGAUGAGGAGGAGAUGUGGUUCAACACGGAUGAAGACGACCUUGAGGAUGGCGAGGCCGUUGUUCCUCCCUCUGACAAGAUGAAGAGCGAAGAAGACCUCAUGGAACCUAUUAGCAAAUUCAUGGAGAGAAAGAAAUUGAAAGACACGGAGGAUAAAGACGUAUUGGGCAAGUCGAGUUUGUCAGGCAGGCAGAAUCCCAGCUUCAAGCUUUCCUUCUCUGGAUCCACUAAGACCAGCCUGGCCAGUCCUCCUUCAUCAGCCUCACUGAACCCAGGUUCUCCAGGAUCACCAGGGUCUCCCGGCUCAGGGGCACGGAGCUCACCCCCCAUGACAGCUGUAACCACAAAGGGAGGUUUAGUGGGACUGGUAGACUAUCCGGAUGAUGAUGAAGAGGAGGAAGAAGAGGAGGACGGAGAAAGUAAAGAGGAUUCUCUGCCGCCCACAAAAAAAUCCAAACUGAGCUCGUAAAGAGUUACUGUUGCAGCUUUUGCGCCGCUCAGACAGUCUCGGAACAUUGACUCUUCACAGGAAUGAUCAAACUUGCAGACAAAUUGAAU